AACACGUUUCCCUAUUUUUGUAAUUGGCCAGAAAAAAUGUUAGCCCCCCAUUCCCCAACACCGCAAUGAAAUUAUCUCUGCUUUCUUUAUCCACCAUUCUCUCUCCUCCUCCGCAACUACAUCACAAUCAUCGGCGGUCAAUUUUCUUUCAAUCGUUCAAGGUCCGAGCCUCUUCUUCUCCGGCGAAUUCCUUCUCGAAUCACCGAGUCGUUGUUACGAGAGAACGUGGCAAAAACGACAAGCUCAUCGCUGCUCUUGCAAAACAUGGGAUCAACAGUUUGGAGCUUCCUCUAAUUCAGCAUAAACAAUUGCCUGAUCUUGAGAAACUUGUUUCUCUCUUGAGUGCAGCCACUAGUUUUGAUUGGAUCAUCAUAACUUCACCAGAAGCAGCUCUGGUUUUUCUUCAAGCAUGGAAAGCUGCUGGGACCCCAAAUGUGAAGGUAGCUGCAGUUGGAACUGGUACAUCAACCAUAUUUCAUGACGCUUCACCUUCAUCUAAGCAGUUUAUUGAAGUUGCCUUUACUCCAUCAAAAGCAACUGGCAAGGUUCUUGCUUCAGAGCUUCCAAAACAAGGGAAUGAAAGAUGCAAUGUUUUGUAUCCUGCUUCUGCAAAAGCUAGUCAUGAUAUUGAGGAAGGUCUUUCUAAGCGUGGAUUCCACAUCACAAGAUUGAAUACUUACACAACAGAACCUGUACAACAUGUGGAUCAAACAAUUCUACAACAAGCACUCUCUGCUUCUGUAGUUGCAGUUGCAUCACCUUCUGCAGUUGGUGCUUGGGUGGAUCUUCUACCUGAACCACACACAUGGGAGGGUUCUGUUGCAUGCAUUGGUGAAACCACUGCUUCAGCUGCUAGAAAAUUAGGCUUAACAAAUGUAUACCACCCAUCUACCCCUGGUCUUCAUGGAUGGGUUGACACCAUUUUUGAUGCUUUACGUGUACAUAAUCGUCUCUCAAAUGUCUAAAACCAAGAAUUUGAGAGCUGAUGCAUAUGAUGACUAAAUGAGGGAGUACAUUACAAUUUACAAGAACAAAUUACAUCUCUGUACAUAUGUAGUAAUACCAUGAGAGAAGUAAACUAGCACUGAGUGACAUUCAUGAUGUUUGUUAAUUGUUAAUGUAUAUCAACUUUCAAUGCUGUAAUUGUAAAUGACCAUUUUUGUUUUUCAAUUUAUGAUUUUUUUUUUCUAAAGAGGUCUUUCUUGUAUAUCAAAAAGCAAUAAUAAAUGAAGAAUUGAACGUUGAUGGAACCCUUGAAAUCUGAAUCCCUUUCUGUUUAUUGGUAAUUAUUCCAAAGAUGGAGGAAGUUUCCCCUGAAGGAAUGAUGAGAUCAUUUGCAAUGCUCUUUCUGGCUGGUAGCUUGGAACUAAAUGCCCUGCUCCUCUUACUGUAGUAAGCACAACUCCCUUGUAUCCUACCACAUAUCCUCCAACCUAUCACAUGUUAAAUUCAGUACCAUGGUCUCCAAGCAGCCUCUACUGGAAGCUUCAACUUAUUUACAGAGUACCUUGAGGAUGUUACUGGGACCCGUCCAUCUGUGUCACCACUGCCGAUUCAUUAUAAAUCAAAUGUAAGUUUAUUUUUGUGUAUGUUUAAUAAAUAACUGAUUGGGUGUUAGACUAGAUCGAGUUACCUGUAUAUCCAGACACUAAUUCCAUUUUCAAUAAGUUGAGUGAUAGUAGGCAAAAUGGUUGUUGGGCUGUCUAUCAUUCCAAUACCACUGCACAUAAAAUCACAAGUCGAAUACAAGAAAUAACAUGAGACUUUCAUUGAUUUUUGUUUAUUAUGGAAUAAUGGAAUCGUAGUUUUAGAGAAAGGGAAGAAAAGGUACGCGCAAAAUCCCCAUGAGGUAUUUCGGACAUGAAGAGCUUCUUGCACGUCUGCUCGAUUCAGAUAUGAUAAGACAUAAUCAUCAGAGCAAGGAUCAAAGGUCGUGACCUAGUUCAACACAUCAUGUCUUCAAACAAAAGUACAUUGUAAUUUCCUGUAUUUGAAAGGAAUGAGAGACUUACAGAUCCGGUGGCAGGUUUCUGGAUACUUCCAUCACAGAAUGGGGCAUAGAUGUUGUAAAUAUCAAUCUCACCAUAUUCACUACCUGAUUGGCUUUGAUAAUGAAAACACGUUGCUGAGAAAUUCCCAGAACCAUAGCCACAAUACUCGUUGAUCCCUGCAUUUGUCUCAUCAGAGUUUAGAGCAUGUGUCCAGUAGUAAUCAUACAUUCCUUCAUCAGUUGCAUUGUCAUCUAUCACAGCAUUCCCAAUCUGCACAAUCACAAUACAAAACACCCAUUGGUUGUAUUUGUGCUUAUGUGGCAUCUGUUACAUGUGACUUGACUUGUCUUGUCUUGUUUUGUCUGAUAAUUACUUACCGCAAUCCCACGAAGAUUAAUGACUGUUCCGUUGGUUUUCUUGUUUUCUGAGAGAAUGAGGGAUGCGAGUUGAGGUACAUAGUGACCUGCGUAGCUUUCGCCUGUAAUAUAGAAAUCUCGGGUUUUGUAUUCAGGGAAUCUUUGAAGCCAGUUGAUGAGAAAAGUGUAUGAGUCUUUAGCUGUUUGCUUGUCUCCUGUCGCGUACGAUGUGUUUGAAUAUGAGAACCCCACUCCAGCAGGCGACUCCAAGAAUAGUACAUUAGCCACUGUCGAAUUUUCAGGAUUUAGGUCGUUGCGAUAAAGUGUUUUCCCAUCACUGUUGACUCGGAAGGGUCCAAGUUCUUCCAUGGCUCCGUAUCCAAAUGAGGAGCAUCCUGGCCCUGUACAAUAGGAUUGUUAAUUCCAAGUCUGUCUAUCGUAUGAAACAACAUGAGGUUAAAGGUGUGUUUGGUUGUGGAAAAUUGUUUUUAUUUUUGUAGAAACGUUUUCAGAUAAUAAAGUUGAGUUUUCAUUUUCAAUUAAAAAAACAUGUUUUGAUUGAAACCAGUGGAGUUUUCAUUUUCAAUUUAGAAAUUUUAGAAAACUUUGGGAACUAUAACAAUUACUUUUCUAAUUUAAAUACAACUAGUAAUUGAGCGGUAGGUUUUAGUGUGGGAAAACAUGAAAGUUUAGAAAACAAAAGGGUAAAAUUGAUAUUUUACCAAGUAGGAGGUGAAAGGGAUGAAAGAUAUCAUUUUAUAAAAUAAAGGGGUUGCAAAUAAUUGAUUAUACAAAGUUGAAGGAU